CGGCAGCCUGUCUGUCUGCCCGAGCGCAGCCCCGCCGCCUCUCUCCGGCGGCGGGUGCUGUACCGCGCCGGCCCCUCAGCGCCGCCGGCAGCGAAAACCUGACCGCCCCACCUCCAGGCGGCGGCGGCGGCAGCGGCGGCCCCAGCGGCCCCAGCCCCGUCCCGCGGAGCCCGGGCGGCGCCCGGGCCGGGGGCCGGGGCCAUGCACUCGGUGCGGCGCUGAGCACUGCGGCGGCGAAGCGGAGCCUUCUCCUCGCCGGCGGUCCCCGACCUGCGUGCGAGCGGGGCCGCGCCGGCCGCCGCCGCCCCCCAUGACCCUGCGCUCCGCCGGGUCCCUGGAGAGUGCGGAGGGCUCCCGGGCGGGCUGGCGGCACCCCGGUGCGGCGGCGCCUGCUGCCGAGGAGUCCCGUGGGGCGGCGCAGCUGGCCGCGGCUAUGGAGGAACUGCGGCGGGCAGGAUGGUACUGGGGCAACAUGACUGUUGCUGAAGCCAAAGAGAGAUUACAGGAUGCCCCCGAAGGGACCUUCUUGGUUAGGGAUAGCUCACAUUCAGAGUAUCUACUGACUAUUUCGGUAAAAACAUCAGCGGGACCGACCAAUUUGCGUAUAGAAUAUCAAGAUGGCAAGUUUAGACUGGACUCUAUCACUUGUGUCAGAUCUAGACUUAAACAGUUCAACAGCGUUGUGCAUUUGAUUGAGUACUAUGUUCUUAUGUGUAAGGACAGAACCGAAACACCUUCUAAUGGAACAGUUCAUCUUUACUUGAACAAACCCCUCUAUACAUCUGCUCCAUCUCUGCAACAUCGCUGCAGAAUAACUAUAAACAAAUGUACAAAUCAGAUCUGGGAGCUGCCAUUACCAACGAGACUAAAAGAGUACUUGAAAGAGUACCAAUACCAGGUAUAAAUAUCUUUUCUAAAUGCCUCUAAUGUAGAGUAACUUUUAAAUGCAGUUCUUAAAAUCAGCCAAAGACUGAGCAAUCAGUUGUACAACUCAGCAUGGAAUUCACUGUCAAAACAGUGGCAGUUCUGGGGGAAAGGUUUUUAUUUCAGAUGCCACAAAGGGAGACUUUAUGUAGAAUAAUCCCAGCUUGCAUCCUCGGGGGUUCAACAAGGUAGCGUGCUAUUCUUGCUAGGAGAGAGAAGCCAGGAAUCUGUCCAGAUUGUGUUGCUUUGUCAAUGGCAUGAAAUACUGCACUAUCAAAUGCUAACUGAAAAAGUGGGACCGGGAGAGACUGCAGAAGUGGUCAGAGACCUAUGAGAGUGCAUAAGUAUCUCAGUUGUCUGAUUCCAAAAUUAAUUUGGUGCUGGUGUUCAUAUAAUACUGAAAGCUUAACUGGAUCACACUGUGAUAACCUUGCCAAAGUUAUGCAACUAAUCAAAUCCAGUCAAAAAAGUGAUCAUGUAUUCAGUUUUUAUUGAACUAUAAUUCUUGUGCUUUUCUGCAAGUAAAGGAGUACUGUAAGUCAUCAGUUUAAAACACUGUUUUUCAAAAUUCUCUAAAAGCUGACCUUCAGGAGAAAUGCACAUCUUUCGCAGGAACCCAGUAUGUUGCUGAUUAUACCAGAUUGGUAUCCCAGAAUCUUUAACAUGUUAACAUCUUCCCAGUGGUGAUAUAUCCAUGUUAUUACUAUUAAGCCUUUUUUGGUUGAGGCUUUAGGAUGCUGCAGACUUGCAGUUGCUCAGUUCCAAUGUCAGAACAUGGAUAUCAGCAGUUACAGCUGUCUUCUACAGUGUAGAAUGUUCUUUUCAGCUUGUUUCCCAAAAUAUGGGGAAAUAUGAUGGGGGGGUUUAUGGGGUUGGAGGGGAUUGGGUGGGGGUUUUUCCUUUUUUUUCCUUUUUCUUCUAGUUCACCAUUGUAGCUAUCAGGCUAUUAUUCAAUAAAGUAAAUCAAAUUGCACAAUAAUCUCCCAAUCUUUGUAUGUAUGGAUUUGCUGCUAUUCAGGAAACCGAUCUUACGAACCUAUAUUGUUUCCCAGCUAAUACUCAAAUAAAUGUGCAUGAACCGGUGAGGAUGAAUACCACUGCUUUGCCUUGUGCUGCUGCUCAAAGGUAUAGCUGGAUUAUGUACAGAUUAGUGGCUUAGAGGCUGCUGAAUUCCUGUAGUUAGGUAUUAAUUAGCACACAACAUUGCUUUUUCUGUUACAGCAGUCCUCCAAAUGGCAAGAAGGGACUAAGACCCUCAGUACCUGUUCCUCAGUUUAAACGUAAAGUAUUUCAAAGAAGAAAUAUCCAGGAUGAGAGUAAUAGGAGAGCAGUAAAGAGAGAAACAAGGACAUAUAUUCAUCCUCGGUCAACAAUUUCAUAGUUUUAACUCUUUCCCUCGCUUACUUUUUAAUUAAAGCAAAUUGACCUGUGUUUGAACAAGGAAGGCUGUCAAGACUUGCUGUAAUCUAGCCCUGCCCAGGCUGAAAUGGAAACAACAUAAAAUAAUCUUUGUUUUCCUUGUGACUUAACUGCUCUGUAGUACUGUCAAGAUGCUCUGUCCUUUCUCAUAAGCUCUAGGGCACUGGCUGUCUUACUCUGUUGCACCUGAAGUCCCAGUGUUACGCACUCAGUUUUGUCAUUCACUUGUCCCUUGACACAAGGGACACACCAAGAACUCGAGGCAGAGGGAAUGGUCCCUUGGUAUGGCAAAUACUUGGUGUGUUGUUCUCUCCGUGGAAAAGCUGGCUUUUGUUCCUCCUCCUCCACAGUUUCAAUUCUCUUUCCCUGUUUUUAAUACAAACUUUAGUAUAGAAAUGGGGGGAGUUUUCUCCUGAAAAACAAAACAAAAGCCUUUGUUAUGUAACAUUCACCCCACCCCCACCCACCUCCUCCCCACGCUCUGCCAAAAUGUAGCAGAUCGUUGGAAGUUUUUCACAGAACACCGUGACCACCCUCGGGUUUCCAUCCCAGAACAGCUCUUGUAGUCCAGGUAUGUAUCAUAAUCACACGGUUCUUCUGUCUUGCUAGGAUCUGCCACCCUGACGCUGCGGAGCUUUUCCCGUGAACAGUGCCUGUGAAACAACUGUAUUCCCGGGAACACUUUUUGUUCUGAUGAAUCUGUUUUCUUACAGUUCUUCAGUCUACCUCUACCUUGAGAUGAGAUAGCUGCUAUACGGAAUAACUUGUUACAGUAAGAAACCCUCUAAGCUGCUGCGACGUUAACCUUCUACUACUGGGCAUUUUUAGCCAAGGUGAUACUUCGCUGUGAUAAGCUUGGGGUCUCAGCGGUGAACGUGUUAUACUAAGGUCCUUUAAAAUAAUUUCCCUCCAGCUAGCCCCUGGCCUGGGGAUUUAAAAUCAUGAAUACCAAUGCUGGAACAAGCAGAUUGAGAAGAGCUUUGAGCUGCAAUGAGACAGUCGUGUUGUACGUGUAAGAAAUGAUUCAUGGCUCGUUGCUGGCAGCCUGCUGUAAGUGGUGACAGGCCAGGUACACCCCACGGCAGAACCAGGCUCUAAGGAACAACAUGCGGCAGAUGCAGGGCAGCUCACCGGGCUUCUUGUUCGCAGUUCUCCAAAGCACAAGGACAAACGGCAGCCUGAAGACAAGGAGUGCUAGCAAAGUGAAAGGUGUUGAUUCUUGCAAAUAAUCAAGAGUAGUUACUGUGAUGUGGAAUCAAGUCAGCAAACCCUGAGAUGAUAUUAUUAUACUGACUUAUACUUCGUAUCAUUUGUAUUAGUUACUGUGAGGGGAAGUAGGGUCUGUAGCUAUGGUGUGCUGGAAGUAGUGAACAAUAUUUUGAACAGACUGGAGGGGGAACUAGUCCUCUUCGUAUGAAAGCAUAGUUCUUGUCCUCAUUAGGAUGCCAGCCCUAGGGUUGAUGCAUUGCACCAGUAAAACUAAACCACACUAUAGCUCGCUGAAAGCUCAGCUUCAUUCUAACGCGGCACAGAGGAAUGACUUGUUCUGGUACAAAAAAAUCUAAGGAUAGUGCACGAUUAGAUUACAGUGGUGUAAAAAUCUUGCACGUAGACCUUGUGAAUUUUCAGGCACAAUCAUGUUGUCCAAACAUUUUUAAAAUGUUCCAGCAUUCCAGUGCUGUUUUUUUUUUUUGUUGGUGGUUUUUUUUUUCUUUUAACUUUAUGGAUGUUGUGGCUUGUUGGCAGACUAGUUUUAAAUUGCUGGCCCUUCAGAGUCCAAAAAUUGCUUCUAACUGAUACAUGUCAUCUUGAGUUGCUAGUAGAGAGUGUCCAGUAAAGCCCGUUUCACAGUUUCAAUGCCCGUGAGUCAAUCAAAAAUCAUGAUAAGGACUUUAAUCCUAAGCCUUUUUUUUUUUACCCCACGUGUUGGUUUGGCUUUUCAUUUUUGAGUCUUGAGGUAUCACAUUUUCUAGCUUAUACCUGCAAUGUUAGUUGCUGAAAACCUCUUCAUUUUAAUUAAAGGAAAGCUGAGAACCCAACAACCCUAGAAGGUGAUGCUUGGGAAAAAAAAAACCAACACCUGAAACUGCAAGAUGAAUGAUGAAAAUUAAAUUGGUGAUUGUAUUUAGUUUAGGACUAAACCUAGAAGAAGUGUGAACUAUGGCUCCAUUUUAGUUGUAUGGCUAUUUCUGUGCUGCUAGCAUUAUCACCAGAGACAGAAAAUGGUUCAAGUACAAGACGGGUAGGUAGAGUGGGAAUGUAACCACGCAGCUGUGCCCCAUGCAUUAGAAGUAAUUUUAUUUUAAUCUGAUAUCAUCAGUAUUGUCCUAAUUAUAUUUUAUGUAACUGCAUUCUAGAUAAACAAUAUGUAAUUAUAAGUGAGAAGGGAAAAUUGUUCACUAGAAUAUGGUAUCUGUGUAUCUUAAAACAAUCCAGAACUUACUCCUCACUAAAAAUUGUGGAGCUUUAGAAUCUGAGAUGUUACUAAGUCUCAUCACCUUAAGAAAACAGAAUCUACAUACGAUAGGAAGAACGGGGUUCUGUAGCUGCAUGAAUUCCUAUAUCUUAUCCACCUCUUGUGUCUCAGCAAAGUGUUCCUGUAGGUAAACUACCUUGUUAAAGUUCGUAGAAAAACUUUACUUACCUACAUGUUCUAUUCAAGAGCUUUUUCUUGUAUUCCUGAAAAAAUUCCUGUGGGUUUUUUUUCCUUUGGCUUAAGAUCUAGCAGAAACUAAGUCCAGUGGUGUCAGGGUUUUGUUCUUCUUAAGCCAAAACACGUGAUGGAAAUGGGAAGACAUACCUUUAGAUGUGGGUGUCGUGUCUAAGAGUCUUUUAAAAUAAAGUAAAAUAAAACUUC